AUGUCUCCACCAUCCGGAAAACAAUCAGAAUCAGGUUUAGCUCGUUUAUUAGGUUCAGGGACUUCAGGGAUACUUGAACUACUCGUAUUUCACCCCGUUGAUACUGUAGCCAAACGGUUAAUGACAAACCCUACAAAAGGCGACUAUUCUUCUAGCAUUUUACGAAAAUAUACAUCAUUAUUUCCUGGUUUAGGGUAUGCUGGAGGAUAUAAGAUUCUUCAACGAAUUUACAAAUAUGGCGGGCAACCUUAUGUAAAAGAUUAUCUUAAUAAGUAUCAUAGAGACUUUUUUUAUACAACUUUUGGCGAAAAAAGUGGUAAAACAAUAAUACAUGCAACAGCUGGAAGUGUAAUUGGUGUUGGCGAAGUAGCACUCCUUCCGUUAGAUGUUUUAAAAAUUAAACGUCAAACAAAUCCAGAAACUUUAAAAGGACGUAAUAUUUUUCAAAUUUUCUGGGAAGAGCGCGGUGCUAUAGCUUCCAUCAGUGUAGCUCAACCGCUUGAUGUUGUCAAAACCCGUAUUCAAAAUAGACCAUUUGAAUCACCUGAAAGUGGUUUACAAAUAGUCCGUAAUAUGAUUAGGCAAGAAG